CACGUGGGCUGCGCACCCCAUUCCAGACCGUCCCUCUCUCAUUCUUUUCGCCGGUCGCUCUCUCUCUAGGGUUUCGGAAGGGGUCAGUCCGAGCUGUGCUUCGCCUUCGUCCAGGGAAUCCGGGUUCAUUUGGUGGCUUUGUAAUCGUAGGUGUGGGGGGGAUCGUUCGAGCCUCGAUAAGGUGCGACUCAGUAACUUCGUCGGUCUUCGAGUUCGUUUCAUCUUUGUUAUGUUCAGCUCAAUACUGAAGUAAUCACAACUGUGAAAAGCACACUGGUCAUGGAACAGUCGACACAGCCUGAGAUUGGAGUUGUUUCUGGUGCUGCCCAAAUAGCAUAUGCUGCUCCUACCUACCAGCCAACCGCGGUAAUUAGCGGAGCUCCAGCAGUGGCAGGAGUCAUACCUUCCCCAAUGCAACUGACCUCAGCAUAUUCUAUUAACCCAGCCAGCAUUGUCAGCCAGCAUCAGCUUGCUUACCAGCAGGUCCAACAGCUGCACCACCAGCAACUGCAACAACUCCAAGCCUUCUGGGCCAACCAGAUGCUGGAGAUAGAACAAAUCACAGACUUCAAGAAUCACAGCCUACCGCUCGCCCGGAUAAAAAAGAUCAUGAAGGCUGAUGAGGAUGUCCGUAUGAUCUCAGCCGAGGCCCCUGUGGUCUUUGCCAAGGCGUGCGAACUGUUUAUACUGGAACUGACACUCAGAUCGUGGAUCCAUACUGAAGAGAAUAAGAGGAGAACUCUGCAGAAGAAUGACAUAGGUGGCGCUAUAACCAGAACCGACAUAUUUGACUUCUUGGUGGAUAUAGUUCCCAGGGAUGAGUUGAAGGAUGAGGGCCUGGGGAUUACAAGAGCUGCUGUGGGUGCUCCCGGUGGUGACGCGAUUCCGUAUUACUAUGUGCCAGCGGCGCAAGUGCCAGGCCCUGGAAUGGUGAUGGGAAAGCCAGGAGAUCAAGCUGCUGCGGGGACUGUGUAUGCUGUCGAGCAGCCUCAUUCGGUGGCUUACUUGUGGCAGCCACCUCAUGCACAGCAACACGAGCAGGUGCCAGAUGGUGAGUAAGUUAAUGUAUGUUCUGAGAUCUCUGGGAACUCAAAGAGUAAGUCAGGUACUGCGGUGGUGGAUAGCAGGGCAGAGCUUUGGGAACUUCCUAUUUGUUUUCAGCUGCUAAAUGUGAUUGUUAACGGGGAAAUGGAUUUCUGCCCUACCUGACUAUAGGAUCUUUUUUUGCAUUUUGGGGAAUUUAGUGCUGGAAGAAGAUGAUUUUAAGUUGCUUGUGGUUUUUUUUGUUCGAUUAAUUUGGUGGUUUUCUU